AUAGUUUUUGAUUACUAUAUUUUGAAAAACAUAUACCAGUUAAAAGCAAUAAUAUCUUUCAAUAAAUUAAGAAAUAUGAGAAUCACUUUAAUUUUUAUUAUUGCACUUUCUUUAAUAUUUACUUCUUCAUUAGGAGCUAGAAGCUAUAAAAAGAAAGAUGAUUAACCAACUGCAACUAAUAGUACAGCAUCUGCAAACGAAAAUAAAUCUUCUGAAAGUAGUUCAUAGGAUGAUUCUGAAGAAAACAAUAUUUAAGAUAAUAUUGGAUAAGCAAGAUAAGAUGGGACUAAAGCUGUUGGAGAUGUCUUUGGAAAUGUAGGUGAUUCUGUUGGAAAUUUAGGUUAAGCAGGCAAUUAGUUAGGUUAGGGUAUUAAUAAUGUUGCUAAUGAUCUUGGUCAGACUAGUAGCAGUAUUGGCGAAGUAGUUUAAGAUCAAGUUGAUGAAACUUAAUCAUAUUUAAAUGGAGAGACUGAAAAUGAUAAUAAUCUAGAGUAAACAAAGCAUGAAAAAGAAGGAAAUAAGCAUCAUAAAAAAGAUAAAUAAAAUAAAAAAGAAAUUAAUAAACUAAUUAUGAAGAAUAAUGAUAGCAAAUAUGGAGCUAAAACUAAAAUAGGCAGAUAAAAUAGUAGAAAAUAUAAGCAAGAUAAAUAAUUAUGA